CUCAAUAAUGAGCGAAGCUAUUACACGAAUUAUGAAUACGCUAAGUUUAUGGAAAGCAUGACUGGGAAAACGAGGCUGUUGUCAUUACACAGGUCUGCAAUGGAAUGACUGAAAAUAUUUUGGACUGACUCACUCAACUGAUGGCGUGACAGAGAUUUUAAGAAAAGAAAAUGUCUAGAAAGACUUGGAUUCAGGCCACCUUUUACAAGAGAGAGUGUGUCAAAUUUCUGCCAGCCUCACGUGAUCAUCACAGGUGUUACCCAGUGUGCCAAGUAUGCCAAAGCUUAGUAAGAUGUUGUUGUGGGAGGCUGAUUGGGGAGCAUGUGGGUCCCUACUCAGGCCUCCUGGGUCAUGGCCCUGGCGCCUCUGGUGAGGAGGAGUGGUCAGUGGCGCGACACACCAGUGUCAGCCCAACUGAUGCUUUCGGAUCACUGGACUUCCAGGGCAGCACAAAGCGUACGUGCCGUGCCAAGUAUGUGCGCCUUUCCUGUGACACAUCACCAGAGCACCUUCUCCAGCUGAUGCUGAGAGAAUGGCUCAUGGAAAUGCCAAAGUUGGUGAUCUCAGUGCACGGAGGGACAGAUAACUUCCCCCUGUUUCCGCGGGUGUGCCAGGCCUUCAGCACAGGGCUCAUCACAGCUGCAGAGAGCACCGGAGCAUGGAUACUGACUGAUGGGAUAAAUACAGGUGUGUCUAGGUUUGUUGGUGAUGCUGUAAAAGCGUAUGGUUCACAUGACCACCGGAAGAGGAAUGUUGUAGGAAUGACACCCUGGGGAAUCACUGAGAAUAAUAUUGACCUUAUUGGCAGAGAUGUUCUGAGACACUACCAGGCUCUUGGUAAUCCUCUAAGUAAAUGUGCCAGUCUCAAUGGCAUGCAUUCACACUUCCUUUUAGUUGAUGAUGGCACUACUGGGAAAUCAGGCUGUCAGAUAGACCUGAGGAAGAGACUGGAGAGGUACAUACAUUUGCAGAAGAUCCACCCCAGGUUGCCUCAGCAUGUGCCUUUGGUGUGUGUUGUAGUAGAGGGAGGUCCUUCAGUCCUCUCUGUAGUCCUGGAGUAUGUGCAUAGAGCUUCUCCUGUGCCUGUGCUGGUGUUUGAAGGAACAGGCAGAGCAGCUGACCUCCUUGCCUUAGUACACAAACAGACAGCUGUUGACAGAAACUUAGAUUCUGAUAUUAAAGUGGAUAUCCUGUCACGGAUUCAAGAGAUGUUUUGUGUAGAGAGACCAGAAGCCAUUGAGCUCCUCGACAUACUCAUGGAAUGCAUGGAAUACAGAGAGGCUAUCAGCAUUUUUGACUCAGAAUCUGAGGACAUUCUGGAGGCAGAUGUUGCAAUUCUGACUACAUCACUGAGAGGUACCAGAUCCUCUCCUGAAGAGCAGCUUAAUAUCACAUUGGCCUGGGACAGAGCUGAUAUCGCAAAGGACCACAUUCUAGUGUAUGGACGGCAAUGGCAGGUGGGAUCUCUUGAGCAGACCAUGCUGGAUGCACUGGUGAUGGACCGUGUCAGUUUUGUGAAACUGCUGAUUGAGAACGGCAUGACCAUGAGCCACUUCCUGACUAUCUCUCGUCUGGAACAACUCUACAACAUACAAAAAGGCUCCCCAGAUCAUUUCCUACGACACAUCAUUGAGGAUGCCAAACAGACUCGCCUCCCUGUGAGUUAUAAGAUCUCUUUGAUUGACAUUGGAAUGGUGAUUGAAUACCUGAUUGGGGGAGCUUACCGAAGCACAUAUACACGGAAGAGCUUCAGAGCCAUGUACAGUCGCAUCCAUACCCCAGUGAAGGAGGGCAGUAAGGAGAGCUCCAGCCCCUUCAAAGCCAGGAAAGCAGCUCUUACUCCUGAGACAACCCCAUCUUGUUCCCAUUUCUACAGAACUGCUCAGCCCUACAGACACAAGGAGGGUGCGGUAGUGCCUCAGGACCUGAAGUCAGCUCCAAGCUCUGAGUUUGUUUGCACUUUUAACGACCUGUUUGUGUGGGCAGUGCUCAAGAAUCGGCAAGAGAUGGCGCUGUUCCUGUGGCAGCAUGGAGAGCAGGCUAUGGCUAGGGCAGUGGUAGCCUGCAAGCUCUAUCGCGCUAUGGCAAUGGAAGCCAAGGAGAGCAAUAUGGAUGACAGCACAGCCGAGAAGCUGAAGAAGAACUCGCUAGAGUUUGGUGAGUUGGCUGUGGAUCUCCUGGAUAAGGCCUUCAAAGAGAACGAGCGCAUGGCAAUGAAGCUGCUGACCUGGGAGAUGAAGGACUGGAGUAACUUCACCUGUCUGCAGAUGGCUGUCUCUUCAAGACUCAGACCCUUCGUUGCCCAUACUUGCACUCAGAUGCUCCUCACAGACUUGUGGAUGGGCCGCCUCAACAUGAGAAAGAACUCCUGGUUCAAGAUAAUUGCCAGUAUCAUGAUGCCUGUGGCCAUUCAGCUGUUAGAGUUUAAGAGUCAGGCAGAGAUGUCCCAUGUUCCUCAGCCCCAGGAAGCAUUGCAGAUUGGGUGGGACCCAGGGAGCCCAGUGGCAUCAGAGCAAGAAGAGGCAACAAAUGCAAAUCAGUGUGAUGAGGAGAGAGGAAGCAACUGCCUUCUUCCUUGGACAAGAAUGGUGUAUGACUUCUACAAUGCUCCUGUGGUCAAAUUCUGGUUUCACACAAUGGUGUUCCUGGGCUUUCUUAUGCUGUACUCUUACACUGUGCUUGUGAGGAUGGAGGAGAAACCCAACAUUCAGGAGUGCUUAGUCAUAACAUACAUCUUGACUAUGGCAGCAGAGAAAGCUCGAGAGGUGUGGGUUUUGGAGCCCAGAAAGUUCAGUAAGAAACUGAAGGUGUGGUUCAGUGAGUACUGGAAUAUCAAUGACUUCAUAGGCAUCCUCCUAUUCCUGGUUGGGGUCUCCCUCCGGUGGUACCAAGAAACACGCCUAGCUGGUCACAUUGUGUACUCUUUGGAUUUUAUCUUCUGGUCUGUCAGGCUCCUGGACCUGUUUGCUGUCAAUCAGCAUGCAGGACCCUACCUGACCAUGAUCACCAAAAUGAUGAGCAACAUGUUCUAUAUCGUGGUCAUAAUGGCAAUUGUGCUGGUCAGUUUUGGCACGUCCAGGAAGUCUAUCUUGUCACCUAAAGAGGAUUCAUCCUGGAGACUGCUCAGAGAUGUGGUCUUCGAACCCUACUGGAUGAUUUUUGGAGAAGUGUAUGCCUCAGAGAUUGAUGCCUGUACUGAACCUGAAACCUGUGUCCCUGGAGCCUUCCUUACCCCCUUCCUGCAGGCUGUCUACCUUUUUAUUCAGUACAUUAUCAUGGUCAAUUUGCUCAUUGCCUUCUUCAACAAUGUUUAUUUUGACAUGAGCUCCAUCUCUCGUAAACUGUGGAAAUACAACCGCUAUCGUUACAUCAUGACCUAUCAGGAGAAACCGUGGCUGCCGCCCCCUCUCAUCCUGCUCAGUCACAUGACCAUGUGUCUCAGCUCAAUGUGGCAUAGGCACAGAAAAUCUUCUAAACAUGGGAGAACUGGUCUUAAAUUACUGUUGGCCCCUGAUGAUCUGAAGAAGUUGCAUGAGUUUGAAGAGAAGUGUGUCGCUGGAUUUUUCAGAGACAAAAAGGAGAGUCAAAACAGUAGCCAAAUCAACAGGAUACGCUGUGUAGCUGACAAGGCUGAGGAGAUGGCUGGAAUAUUAGUUGAUGUUGCAGAGAAGGUUAAUAUUAUCCAGGACAACAUGUGCACUUUGGACAAUGACUUAGGUCAAUUGCAGGACUUGUCCGCUCUGGCAGUGGACACUCUUAACUUCCUGUCCGCCUCAGACAAUCAGCAGCUAGAGGUGGCCCGUCUUGGUCAGAGCCAGCCAAUUACAUGCCGCCACGAGCAAUUGUCCCAUAGCUGCUGCCUCCACUUUGGUGGAAGUGUCGCGCCCAGCCAGGCCCUUCCAUCCCCAAAACACUACCGCAGCACUCCUCCUUCCCUGCUCCGAGGCUUGGGCCAUUGCAGGCAGCGACCUUCUCUGGAGGUGCCACUAGGAGCCAAUGCUGGACUCUUUGAGGUCAGGGGCAAGUCCAUGAUGGGAAACCCAAAGGAAGAAGAUGAUGGUUUUAGGUGGCCUUUUCAACGAGGUGAUUCAAGAGAAGGUGUAUCGAUGGACUAUCGCCUCUCACAUGGAUCUUUACCUUACCUAUAUGCUGGGUGGAGGGACAAGGCAAUGUAUGGAUCAGGGGAACCAUCACGCACCAGUUCUCCUACCAUGCCUUUGAUGAGGGACCUCCAACUGCCCCCCAGCCAUGAAGAGUCCAUAGAGGAUGAUGAGGAUGAUUUUCACAGGAUAUCCAGAGCCUCCAGUCACACCUUCCUGCUCUCUGACACCCAGAGAGAUGGAGAUCGAGCAGUGGGCAUUAGAAACCCAGCAUUCCAUAGACUCGAUGUUGGUGGUCGUUUUAUUCGAGCUCAAGGAGUUUUAGGCAGGAAAUUUGCCUUUGAUUUUGAGCAGAGCCGCUCGCUGUCUGCCAGUGUGGAGAAUAUGGCCAUGCCUGACACAGCAACAUCAGAACAAACAGCUAGACGGACACUUUUGCCUCCCCACCAUGGUCAUGAGCAGAGAGGGUUAUUUAAGAUCUUUAAGAGACAAAGGUCAUUUGGAAGAAAGUCCAUGAAGACCAGAUCAGGAACCUCUGAGAAUGUAAAACUAGAUGAAACACGAGGAUGCAUGCAUGACUUUGACCCACGCAGGAAAGUGAAGAGAAAAGUAAAGGGCUCGCUUGAUCGGCGAUUAAGAACCUCUGUCAGUCUCACCCAACUAUAUGUUGACCAAGUAGAUUUCACAAAAUUGGCGCCAUCAUGGCUGAACACGGUGAGUCCCGGUCAGUCACUGCUCAGCAGCUGGACCAGGUCUAUCAGUCAAAGACCCUCGGUAUGCAGUAUGAUGCCAGAGGUAAGGACCUCUACAUUCAAACUGACAGAAGAUUUAGGCCAGCACUACACUGCAAUGGAAAGGAACAACCUAAUGAGACUGGCUCACUCUAUACCAUUCACCCCUGUGUCUUUAUUUGGUGGUGUUGAGGUCUGUAUUUAUACACUGGAGGAGACAGAAGCAGGGUCCUCACAUGGAGAUCAGUCCUCCAGCAUCUCCACCUGGCUUCAGCAUGGGCGUACAGCUGUUCUGCAGCCAUUAGCUCACCAGGAGGUGCUGGAUGGGGGUCUGCGGAGGGCCACCAAGGUGGUGUGUACCUGGGCUGAGGGCGAUGUGUUGAAACUGGGCUCAGUGUAUGUGAUGAAGGCCUUCAGGCCAGAGGUGGUCCGCAUCUGGCAGAAAGUGUUCCCGAGCAGCACUUCCCUUCAUCUCUGUCUGCGGGAGAUCCAACAACAGAGAGCAGCACAGAAACUCAUGCAGAGAUUUAACCAAGUGAAACCCAGCAGUGUGCCGUACAGUCCUAGGUUUCUAGAUGUCUCCUUGCUGCACUGGCGCUCAGAUGGCCACUGGUUGACUUUAGAGAAGAACAUGAGCGGCCAUUUCAGGAAAUACAACAAUAACACAGGAGAGGAGAUUUCACCCUCCUCUGGUCUGGAGGAGACAAUGCUAGCGUUCUCUCACUGGACAUACGAGUACACUAACAAAGAGCUGCUAGUAUUGGAUUUACAAGGUGUGGGAGUGGACCUCACUGACCCCUCAUUGAUCAGGGUUGAUGAUCAUGGCUCCUCUGGAGAGAUGGCGUUUGGACCUGCCAAUUUGGGUGAUGAUGCAAUCCAGAGCUUUGUUCUUAACCACACCUGCAACUCCUGCUGUAAGAAGCUUGGUCUCUCAGAUUGGAGAAAAAGCAGCAGCCAGAGGAAGUCAGUUCCUGCCUUUGAGGCGAGCAGCACAGUUUAACUUCUGAACUGCAAGUUGACUUCAUCAUGUCCACAGAGAGUCUGCAAAGACUGUCUAAUCCACAUGUCAUUCUCCAGGAGAACUCGUCGUGUUCACAUCUUACAGUAUUUCAUUCUCAUGUCCCUGCUUGCAGUUUUUAGACUGUAUGUACACCGAUCAGCCACAACAUUAAAACCACCUGCCUAAUAUUGUGUAGGUCCCCCUCGUGCCACCGAAACAGCGCCAACCCACAUCUCAGAAUAGCAUUCUGAGAUGAUAUUCUUCUCACCACAAUUUAUCUGAGUUACUGUAGACUUUGUCAGUUCGAACCAGUCUGGCCAUUCUCUGUUGACCUCUCUCAUCAACAAGGCAUUUCUGUCUAGAGAACUGCCACUCACUGGACAUUUUUGUUUUUGGCACAAUUCUAGAGACUGUUGUGUGUGAAAAUACCAGGAGGCUGCUCUGGAAAAAGACGGUGUGAUUGUUUCAAGGAGCACAAUACAACGAUACUUGAACAAAAAUUAGCUGCAUGGUCGAGUUGCCAGAAAGAAGCCUUUACUGCGCCAAUGCCACAAAAAAGCCUGGUUACAAUAUUCCCGACAACACCUUGACUUGCCUGAUGGCUUCUGGCACACUGUAAUUUGGAGUGACGAGACCAAAAUAGAGCUUUAUGGUCACAACCAUAAGCGCUAUGUUUGGAGAGGGGUCAACAAGGCCUAUAGUGAAAAGAAUACCAUCCCCACUGUGAAGCAUGGUGGUGGCUCACUGAUGUUUUGGGGGUGUGUGAGCUCUAAAGGCACAGGGAAUCUUGUGAAAAUUGAUGGCAAGAUGAAUGCAGCAUAUUAUCAGAAAAUACUGGCAGACAAUUUGCAUUCUUCUGCACGAAAGCUGCGCAUGGGACGCCCUUGGACUUUCCUAAGCACAAGGCCAAGUUGACCUUCCAGUGGUUACAGCAGAAAAAGGUGAAGGUUCUGGAGUGGCCAUCACAGUCUCCUGACCUUAAUAUCAUCGAGCCACUCUGGGGAGAUCUCAAAUGUGCGGUUCAUGCAAGAUGACCAAAGACUUUGCAUGACCUGGAGGCAUUUUGCCAAGACAAAUGGGCAGCUAUACCACCUGCAAGAAUUUGGGGCCUCAUAGACUACUAUUACAAAAGACUGCACACUGUCAUUGAUGCUAAAGGGGGCAAUACACAGUAUUAAGAACUAAGGGUAUGCAGACUUUUGAACAGGGGUCAUUUAAUUUUUUUCUUUGUUGCCAUGUUUUGUUUUAUGAUUGUGCCAUUCUGUUAUAACCUACAGUUGAAUAUGAAUCCCAUAAGAAAUAAAAGAAAUGUGUUUUGCCUGCUCGCUCAUGUUUUCUUUAAAAAUGGUCCAUAUAUUACCAAUUCUCCAAGGAUAUGCAAACUUUUGAGCAUAACUAUAUAUAUAUAUAUAUAUAUAUAUAUAUAUAUAUAUAUAUGUUGACUGAUAAGGGACAUUACUUCAUAAUCAUGAGAUCAGCCAUAACAUUUUUUCAUUUAAACCUUUUUUUAUUGUUCUUUUCUUAAUUUGUUAUGUCUGGACCAAU